CAUUCUCCGUCUGAAUAAAUUCAAAUCGCCCGGAGGCAUUCGCGCGGCGAGGUCAUCUGUGGUGCAACCUAGCCGCCACCCCCUUACAUUUACAUACUGGAUCGUCCUGUCAUCGGAUUAAGCGUUCGUACCUGGAGAGACUACUUCGCGCAACAAUCUGUGGAUUUUCAAACCUCAGUAUCUCGAGCUGCCGCUAGGAGGCGCUGUCAAUCAUGGAAGGCCGAACGAUGUGCUGCGGUCUGCUGAGUCUUCGGGCCGGGGCAUUCUGGGUAGCGAUUGUCUACACGGUCUUGACACUCCUGAACCUAGCUUACUGGGUAACUUACCUGGUUCACCUCGGAGCUGACGGUAUGAGUGGUGUAGGCGUGGCGUUCACCAUUCUCGGCACCAUCUUCUGUUUCCUGCUACUUAUUGGACUGUGUACGUAUAAGACCGGGCUGUGUAUGGCGUGGAUGGGCGUGGCUGCCGUCAACCUGGUGGCAGACUUCGUGGUCUCCAUUUUGCUGACUCACUUCGUGGUCUGGUGGCCGUUCUGGUAUGAGAAAGGUAUCGAGCAGGCGUUCCCCGGUCCGAUCUACGGUCUGCAGCGUUGGAUGUACCUGUUUCCCAAAUGGCUCAUCCUGUUUCUCUCAGUGGUCUUCCUGAUCUACGGUGCAAUCGUGAUCACAUCUCACGGCAAAGAAAUGAACACGAAGACGUACAAGCCGAGGGGUAACUCACGUGCAUGAGGGGAGUCCUGAUCAAAUAUGC